AUGGCUUGCGUCGACCCCUCCCGAGGUGGCAGUUCCCCCAUGUCGCCUCCGGUCCGCCGGUUCCUGAUCAUGGGCUCCAUUGUCGUCGCGGUGGGAGCGGCAAAUGCCUGGUAUCGAAGUAGCAAGAAGGCCGACGCGCCUUCAGAAGCAUCGAAGCCCGCCGCAGCCAUCACGCCAUCCGAGCCCCAGCGUGCGCUGCCAUUCACCGCGGCCGACAUUCGUUUCCUUCCCGAAAACAAGAAUGACCUGAACAUCGUGCUGUACCAAUACAGCUACCAGCCCUCAUCUGCCCAAGUCCGCUCCUACCUGGACCUGCGCAAGCUCAAGUACAAGGCGGUCGAAGUGAAUCCCCUGACCAAAAACCACCUGCCCUGCCCACCCGACCAGCGCAAGGCCAAACAGAUUCCACUCGUCCACAUCAACAACCGGGAGAUAUCGGUUGCGGUGCACACGAUCCUCUUCCUGGAGCUCUACCUCAACCGCAACAACCCCUUCCAACCUUCCCGAGAGGAAUCCGCCCGAGUGGCCGACUUGAUGUACCACAUCGACCAGAACCUCAUGCAGCUGGUGCAAGCCGAUCGCUACGCCACCCUGCGCUCGGCCAGCCGCACCCUGCGCCCACUCCGUCAGGCGAGUAACUUGAGCGUGUGGGAGCGGGUGAGCGCUCCGCCGAUGGCCGCCCUUUCGCUGUGGUGGCAGUGGCGGCACGCCAGGCGCCUCCUUCGCGGCGUCUACGGCGACGACCUCCGCCUCGCGCUCGUCCGCGAACUCGAUGCCUAUUGUGAUCUCCUCGGCGAUCGAGAGUUCUUCAAUGGGGCGGAGCCAGGACUGGUGGAUGUGCACCUGUUCGGGGUGCUGCGCAGCGUGGCCGACGAGGCGACGGGCCACUACGCCCUGGCCCACGCCCACUCGCGCCUCCCGCCUGGUACCAGCGCAUGCAGCGCCUCACCGCCCACGACGAUGACCAACCAACCACCACCACCACCACAACCAAGUCGUGAUGAUGAUGACCACAUGUAG